AUGAAAAGCAAGCCACAUAUUAAACCAAACACUGUGCAACUCAAAGCUUACAACGGACAGAGCAUAGAAACAAGAGGAACAUGCAAGAUCAAAGUAAAGGUGAAAAGCAAAGAACAACACCUUGUGUUCGUAGUCGUUCCAGAUGGACAUGAUUCAGUGUUGGGAGACAAGGCAUGUGAAGACUUAGGCCUAGUUAAAAGAGUAGACAACAUAAAAUAUGGCAAUACACAGAACAGUGUUGAUAAUAUAGUAAAACAGUUUCCUGACAUUUUUGAAGAGUUUGGAGCGCUUCCAUUCACCUAUAAGAUACAGCUCAAAGAGGAUGCAAAGCCAGUGGUCCAUGCUCUGAGACGGGUACCAGCCCCGCUAAGAGAUAAGUUAAAACAGGAACUGGAAAGGAUGACAGCCAUGGGAGUUAUAAAGAAAGUGGAACAGCCGACAGAAUGGGUGAACUCCAUGGUUUGUGUAAGAAAAGCAAACGGAGAAUUACGUGUGUGUAUGGAUCCAAAAGACCUAAACGCAAACAUUCAGAGAGAACAUUAUCAGAUUCCGGCUCGGGAAGAAAUCAUCAGUGAGAUGGGAGGUGCAAAGUUCUUCACAAAGCUGGAUGCAUCUCAGGGCUUUUGGCAGGUAAAACUACAUGAAGAUAGCACACACUACUGCACAUUUAACACACCCUUUGGCAGAUACUCCUUCUUGAGGAUGCCCUUUGGGAUUUCUUCAGCACCUGAGGUGUUUCACAAAGCCAUGGAGCACAUAAUUGAAGGAAUACAAGGAGUUUGUGUCUAUGUGGAUGAUGUCAUAUUGUGGGGAUCCACAAUUGAACAGCACAAUGAAAGGCUCAUGGAAGUUUUGCAGCGAGUGCAGAAAUAUGGACUGAGGCUGAAUAAACAAAAAUGUCAGUUUGGAGUAAAGGAAGUCACGUUUCUAGGAGACAAGCUGACAGAAGGUGGCGUACAACCAGACAAAAGUAAAAUUCAAGCAAUACUCAAUAUGCCAAGACCUACAGACAAAAAGGCAGUGUUAAGAGUGAUGGGAAUGAUUAACUUUAUCGGCAAGUUCAUACCAAACCUGUCGUCAAAGACAGUGUACAUGAGAGAACUGUUACAUGACAAGUGUGAGUUCAAGUGGACAAACAACCAUGAACAAGAGUGGUCCCGUCUGAAGACACUCUUGACAACAGAGCCUGUGCUGACUUUCUUUGAACCAUCUAGGAGGACAAAGAUAUCAACUGACGCAUCUAAGGAUGGCUUGGGAGCUGUGCUGCUCCAGGAAGAAGGAAAACACUGGAGGCCAGUUGCGUAUGCAUCAAGAACAAUGACGCAAGCUGAGUGUCGUUAUGCCCAGAUCGAGAAGGAGUGCCUUGGACUGGUGUAUGGGGUGGAGAAGUUUCACAGUUAUGUGUAUGGACUUCCAAAGUUUGUGGCGGAGACAGAUCACAAGCCACUAAUAGCCAUCAUCAAGAAAAAUUUGAGUGAAAUGUCACCGAGAAUCCAACGGCUAAUGAUGAAGCUUCAGAGAUAUGACUUUGAACUGAUAUAUACACCUGGAAAGUACAUAGUGCUAGCAGAUGCUCUGUCCAGAGCAACCUCAGACAGUGAGACACAUCACAAGAGCUCUACAGAAGCUGACGUGACCCUUCAUGUGAACAUGAUAGCUGGUGCUCUUCCAGUGACUGAUGCAAAGUCUAAACAGAUUGUAGCUGAAACCGCGAAAGACAGAGAGCUACAGAUUGUCAUCAAACUUCUGAAUGAAGGCUGGAAAAAGGAAGCAUGUUCACGGUACUACAAUAUAAGGACAGAGUUGAGUGUGGUAGAAGGACUUCUGCUGAGACAGAAUAGAAUAGUAAUGCCACAAGCACUGAGAAAGGAAAUGCUGAGAAGAUUGCAUGAGGGACAUCUGGGAGCAGAACAAUGCAAAAGGAGAGCCAGGACAGCCAUCUAUUGGCCAGGAAUUAAUGCUGACAUUGACAGAAUGGUGUCAACCUGUGAUACCUGCUUAAGUCAUCGAGCAAAGCAGCAAAAAGAGCCAAUGAUCAUCACUGACACACCUAGUGAGCCGUGGCAGAAAAUUGGAACAGAUUUGUUUGUCUUAAAUGGGAAGAACUAUCUGCUUGUUGUGGACUACCUGUCUAACUAUCCAGAGAUGGCUCUGCUUCCAAAUACAUCUACUGCCAGUGUAAUCACACACAUGAAGUCAAUCUUUGCAAGGCAUGGAAUCCCUCAGGUUGUCUGUAGUGACAAUGGACCGUGUUAUAAUAGCAAAGAAUUCCAGGAAUUUGCAGUGGAGUAUGACUUCAAACAUGUGACAUCGAGCCCGCUAUAUCCACAAUCUAACGGGAAAGCGGAAAAGGGAGUACAUAUAGUUAAAAUGCUACUGAAGAAAGCAGUGAGCAGCAAGUCUGACCCGUAUCUAGCAUUGUUAAAUUACCAUGCUUCACCACUGGAACAUGGUUUAUCUCCAGCUGAGAUGCUAAUGGGAAGAAAAUUGCGUACUACCCUGCCUUACCUGACACAACCAAAGAAAAUCAAAGGGUUGCAAAAGACUUGA